AUUUUAUACUAUAUGUGAGUCUUAUCCUCUAUCCAAACCGACCCUAAUUGUACCCAAUUGUUGAAUCUCGAUUAUCGAUCAAACCCAUUUCCAAUUUAGUAGCAAUAACAAUACCCCGAUUAGCAGAAUCAGAUCUUGGCCUCCGAAAUUCGGUGUUCGAUGGGUACGGUUGAAGCAUGCAAGGACCUAACAAUCUCGUCAUCUACGUCUCGUACGGAGAUCAUAAAUGGAAGCCAUGAGUUCCGAAUCAUGGGCUAUUCGCUCAAUAAGGGUAUGGGGAUCGGCAAGUACGUCCAGUCCGAGACCUUCGUCGUUGGCGGUUAUGAGUGGGCGAUCUACUUUUAUCCGGACGGUAAGAGUCCCGAGGAUAAUGCGUCGUACGUAUCUCUGGUCAUUGCCCUAGCCAGUGAUGGCACAGACGUGAGGGCGCUCUUUGAGCUCACACUCGUGGACCAGAGCGGAAAGAACAGACACAAGGUGCAUAGUCAUUUUGGAAGGACGCUUGAGAGCGGGCCUUUGUCCCUUAAAUGCAGGGGAAGCAUGUGGGGUUUCAAACGCUUUUUCAAAAGAAGUAUGUUAGAGACUUCAGACUACCUUAAAGAUGAUUGCCUUUUGAUACGCUGUCGUGUUGGUGUCGUUAGGUCUCAAACGGAGGGACCUAAGACUUACAGUAUUACAGUUCCACCUUCUGACAUUGGUCAGCAUUUUGAGCAGCUUUUAGAAAGCAGAAAGGGAGCAGACGUGAUAGUUGAGGUUAAUGGAGAAAAUUUUCCUGCGCACAAGUUGGUUCUUGCAGCACGUUCCCCUGUGUUUAAGGCACAACUCUUUGGUCCAAUGAAGGAUAUUAACACUGAGUGCAUGGACAUUGACGACAUGGCAGCCCCAAUUUUUAAGGUUUUCUCCAUUUUCCUUAUGUUUGUGACUUUGUGUGCAUUGUGUGUUUGCACAUACAUAUCAAUUUCUUGCAUAUUUUCGCUCAUGUAGCUUAGCCCAUGGUUAAUACCUGGUAAGCCUUACUGAUUUCUCCCAUGUGGGUCUAAAGCAUAAGGCCUGAUCUGAUACUUCUGCUGACUAUGAUUCUUGAUUGUGACAUUUUGUGCUAUGAUUUAUCUGUCGAGUGUCUUGGAUGAAUUUGGAAAGGCGUUAGAGAUAAAUGGUGAUGAAUAUUCAAGAAUUACUUUUGCAUAUA